AUGUCUCUUCCAGGACUUCCUCCAGUGCCGAAAAAUCUAACCCCCUAUCUAGCCAGUCCACCAAAGCAAACCUCUAAGACUCCCACAAUCAACUCUGGUAAAGCGGUUCGACCUCUUCCCCGAACACCUCCUCGUGAACCUCCACCUCCGCCACCCACUACUACUUCUCUCGGAAGAAAGCCUUCGACUCUUGACACGAAAUUAUCAAUUCUUAAAAAGGAGAUGGCUGGACUGAGGCAAGUAGAUAUGCAGUUGAUGAAUCAACUCUGGUCCCUUCAGCAGUCAAUUCAGGAUUUGAAAUGUAUGAUGAGCGCGUCGGAUUUGUCACCCCAGUCGGCCGUAGAUCCUUGGGAACUUAAUCAUCCACAAAACAACGAAGAAUUUUACCGCAGUCCAUAUCGUUUGGGUGCGGUUAAUGAAAACGACCACAUUUCAUCAUCAACUUCCUCCAUUUCGUCUGGUAGUGGCGAAAAACCGUGAUUUUUACCCUAAACGUAGAAGUGUAGUGAAACAAUGGAACGUCAUUUGCCAGAAUGGAUGACCAAAACUAAAGUGAAAGAAACUAGUGAUCGCAAGUCGCCGAGUGCUACUUCUUCGAUUGCGAUGGUGUCGGGGAAAGUGUGUGACCGAAGAAUGGCAUAUUUGAUGAGUCCGUUGGAACUGCAAAUGAUCGCCAAGGAUAUCCUUGGCUUCAAGUGAAAAUGUUUUAUGCUAGUAUGUUAAAUUCCAUUGAUAUUAAUUCCAAUCGGCCAAUUUCUUUCUUUCUAGUGUUGUGUAAUUCGUUUAUUUCAUUCCCAUUGGGUUUCGGUGUAUAGUAUGGUCCCGUGUAACAGGUAUGAAUUGAAACAAAAUAAAAAAAUCUCUGAAGUGUC